AUGGCUAUCAGGUGGUUUGCAGCCACAGAUUCACCGAAAGAGAGGAAGUUGAUUGUCAAACUCGAUCUUCUCAUCGUACCUUAUGUAUUCCUCGCGUAUUGGGUCAAGUAUAUCGACCAGUCCAACAUCAAUAAUGCGUACGUUUCGGGCAUGAAGGAAGACCUGAACCUCAACGGCAAUGAACUCGUCCAGUUUCAGACCAUGUAUACCGUUGGAGCUGUCGUUGGUCAACUUCCCUUCAUGUUCCUGCUCACCCACGUUCCUCUCCAAUGGCUGAUCCCGGCCGUCGACGUCCUCUGGGGCCUCUUCACCCUCCUUCAAUUUCGCGCAACAAGCGCUGGCGAAGUCAUGGGGUACCGUUUUCUCGUUGGCUUCUUUGAGGCCGCGUUCUAUCCAUCGAUUCAAUUCAUGUUCGGAUGCUGGUAUCGAAAGGAUGAGAUCUCUCGUCGUGCUGGCAUCUUCUACAACGGCACCACUUUGGGUGUGCUGACUGCUGGUUUGAUCCAAGCUGGAACAUCGGCACGUCUCCAUGAUGUGCAUGGAUUGGCUGGCUGGCGGUGGAUGUACAUCAUCUGCGCCGUCAUCACCAUCCCGAUCGGCAUUCUUGGUGUCUUUGUUAUCCCUGGCACCCCAGCUAUGCCGAACCGGAUAGUUUUGAGCCAAGCCGAUGUCGAUCUCUCGACCUCACGGCUAGAGGCUGCUGGGCACACAACAUCCGAGAAGUUCCAGUGGAAAUCAGUGCGACAGGUGGUCAGAAACCCACUCUUCUGGGCACUCCUGGUCAUCUUGACCUUGUUCUGGAACUCAGGGGGAGCGCAAGCUAGCGGAGCCUAUCUCUUGUGGCUCAGAAGCCUUGACCGCUACUCAAUUCCCAGGAUCAAUGAGCUGGGAACGUUACAGCCCGUCUGCGGCAUCUUCUUUGUUCUGGCGACUGCGUUCGCCUCUGAUCUACUGGUUGGACCUGUUUGGGCCCUGACAGGCGGCCACAUCUUCAACAUCGUCGGCCUAGCUAUUCUGGUUGUCUGGGACGUGCCAGAGGGAGCCAAAUGGUUCGCUUUCAUGACCAACUUUGCUGCCGCGUCAACCUCCACCGUCGUCUUUAGUUGGGUCAACCAUGUUAUGAGACAUUCUCCUGCUCAGCGGUCCAUCACGCUCAUCAUCGGAGCUGCUUGGGCACAAUCAUCCACGGCCUGGGUCGGACUCCUCACUUACCCGACUGUGGAAGCUCCAAGGUACACCAAAGGCUUUUCCUUUGGCAUCGGCAUGUCGGUCGCCCUGAUUCUCCUUUCGCAUCCGCUCAGUUGGUGGAUGGAUUCACGGGAGUAA